AUGGCGGCUCCGUACGGUAGCACAAGUAAAAGUGAGGGACAAUCUUGGAGUUCUUGGGCUGAUAAUGUUGGAUUUAAAAGUCCAGAAAGCAUUGAUGAAAAUGAUGAUGAUGAUGAAGCUAAUAAUUCUAAAAAGAAAGAAGCAGGUGCACUGCAACUGAAGAAAGAAGACAUGAGUCUUUUCGGUUUCUGUCCAGCAUGGGAUGAUUUUUUUCUGGUCGUUUGUGAAUGGUGUGGAAAGAUAGUUAAACCUCAAGUAUUGAAAAAGCAUUUUGAAGUAAGGCAUGGUAAAAAUCCACUGGCUUUUUCUGAACAAGAUUCUGCCAGUACUGAUACUGUCUCAAAGGUUAACUUGGUAAAAGCAAACUUAGCCUUAUCAUCUCAUGCAAUUGUGCCUAACAAAUCAUUAUCAUCAUCAGCUCAUAUAAAUAUGAAGUCAUCAGCUGGUCAUUCUGCAUCUCAAUUAAAACCGUCAGAAACUUCUCUAGUGGAUAUCAGAGCAAGAAACAUUUCAAAGUUAAAGAAUGCAGAAACUCCAAAGCCACAGAAAAACCAUGCUAUGGCUCCAGUGGUACGCGUGGAAAGGAUACUGCCUGAUAUUCUCAUGAUGAAAAAAAAAGUAAAUUCUGCAUCAACAGAUAAGAAGGAACACUUCUUACCUACAUCUUCUUCAUCAGUAGACUCUACCAAUCUGGUGUUAUCUCCAUUACCAGUACCUGAGCCAGAAUGCCAAAGCAUUCCUAUUUCUGUGCAACAGCAACAUCAUGCUGUUGUGAAGUCAGUUCCUAUGGGUAGUUCUCUUCCUCCCCCUAAGCCUUGUGUCAAACAAGGAGGAAUGAAGAAGAUAUUAAAUUCCAGUAAAAGCAAAAUGAUACCAAGAGAAAGAAAACUGUUGCCGUGUAAAGAUCGGGAAUAUGAUCCUGACAAACACUGUGGAGUUGUAGUUCCUGAAAAUGGGAAGCCAUGCACACGUUCUCUCACGUGCAAGACGCACUCCUUGUCUCUACGUAGAAAAGUUAUUGGCAGGAAGAAGAAUUUUGAUGAACUUCUUGCUGACCAUCGUUCCAUGAAAGAAGCAGCUCUUAAGGCAUCCCAGGCAUCUGCAAUUUCAAGUGUAUGUGAUGUGCAAAACUUGAAGUCAAAACUCCAAAAUGCUACAAAUGAGAAGCCAACACAGAGUUUAUCAACCGCAGCUAUUAGCAGAAACAUAGUUGUUCCUUCAAGCCCACAUUCUAAAGAUAGUUCAGGGUCCAUAAAAGGUUCUAGUUUGAACUGUAGUGUCCAGAGGGCAGCACCUGUAUCUCAAUCAAAGUCUCCUAAAGCUCAUUCCAAUAAACCAGUAUCUCAUAUCAUUCCACAGAGCAGAUCGCCUUCAUCAUUGAAUUUUGGCCCAGGAAGGCCGACUUCAUCAACACCAAUUAGUAACAAGCAGGAAGUGAAAACAACUACCCAAAGUAAACUGGAGGACACCAAAACAUCCACAUUAGAUCUUCCUUUUAUUAGGCAUCACCCCCGUCCAGCUGCUGUUUGUACGUUUGGCUUGAGACAACUAGGGAGUGGAAUGUUUUUACUAGAUCGUCGGUGGGACCUUCCUAGGGCAGCAUUGAGAGCUGCAUUGUGUGCAGAACGUGGUGGACAACCUCCUCCUCUAAAGAAACUGUGUGUGGAAUCACGGCUUCCUCCAGUUCCAGAACCUUCCAAUUCAAGUGACCCCUAUUACUUCACCUGUCCUGAUGCUUCCUCUUCACCUUCUAAGUCAGAAUUGUCAAAUAGUACCACAAACAACACUUUUGUAACAACUCUUCCAAUAGCACUCGCUCAUCCUGUAUCCUUUACAACUGUCACUAACACAUCUUCUAAAGUAUCCACAGCAAUCUCUGCAUACAAGUCAUUGAAAUCAAAGCCUGGUGUGAGUAAGGCUUUAAAAACCAAAGACAGUGAUUUAACCCUUUCAAGAAAUAGUUUACAUUCCAGCUCAACAGGUAAUGGUGUCAAGAAGAAACAACUUAGUGGAUCAUCUGCUCAAAUCAGUGCUCCAAAUAAUAAAACUUUGGGAAAUAUGAUGAUGCCAUUGGUGCCUGAUUCUGUGGCAGUGAAUGCAGGGAACUCACUAUCUUUGUCAUAUCCAUUUACACUAGGUGAAAACUUUGGUGUUUUGCCGAGGUUGCAAACUGUGUCUUAUUCUACUAGUGGUAGAAACAGUUUUUUUACAAGCCAUUCAACAAGUUUACAAAGUACAGUCACGUCAUCAAGUAGUGCUAGAAAAGAAGAAGGUAUUAUGGUCACAGGAGCAGAUGUAGUCAAUGGUCAAUUGCCAGUCACUAGUACACUCCUACAUUCUGUUAAAAUAAGUAGAUUUGCCAAUUCUGGUCCAAAAUUGCUAGCAACUCCUGGUGGUAGUCUUGGAAUAACUCUUGGAGGUGCGGGACUUAUUGGACAACUUUCUCACAUACAAAACCUACACAAGUCAUCAAUAUCUGACCAUUUAGGAUUAAUUAACAGUCAGUCUAUUGGAAACCAAAAAUCUCAAGCUUCAGGAAACUGUAGAACCACUAGUACUAACUCCUCCAGCAAUAGUGCCAAAUCCAAAUCAAAGAUCCGUAAAGUUUUAGGUAGGUCUGUACCAACUACUACUAUUACUACUACUACAACAUCCAAUCACACGACAUUAUCACAUCCACUGGGGCUGGGGCUGCUCAUCAAAGGUACAACAGGAGGAGGAUUCUUUGCUGCUUUAGGAGAUAUUAAUAGUGCAAGUAGUAACCUCAAUAGCCACCCAGUCUCUCUCACUUCUACUAGUUCAAGACCACUUACAAAACAAUGAGAGUGAGCUGGUAACUGGACACUGGGAAGUUGUGUAUUAAGCUGUGCUCCUAAAUUGAGGAGUCCAGCUGCAAAGUUCCUGACCAGACAGCUUCCCUUCCCAAUGGACUUGGACCUUGUCCUUUAGACAUCCUCCAGACAGAAACUACAACAGUUAAUGUGUCAAGUUUAUUCAACCAUGCCACAUCCACUAAUGCACCUGGUUUAGCACAAGAUCCAGCAUCAGCUGUAGAAG